AUGGGAGCUCUGGGUUUGUGGCACUCCCUGAAGGCGGAGCGUCGGCGGGUUCCCGGCGAGCAGCAGAAGCGCUCCGCGCGAGGCUGGGAGGGGGGCGAGGAAUCAGGGCUUUUUAGGACCCAGCGCUGCGCCACCCUUUGGGGGCGAGUGCGGCUGCGCGCGCCGUGUGCCCGUGUCCGGAGAGCGGCGGGCUGGACGCGGACCGCUCCAGCGAGCAAGCCAGGAAACAAGCUGAGCAGCAGCCUGGUCACCAGCAGCGUCGCGGUGGCUGCGGCCGCUCCGCGCCUCUACUCCCCGGCCCAGCUGGCCUCGCCUCGCCGCACCCCGACCCGCCACCCCCGCCUCUCGGGCCCGACCUCCGCAGCCCCUCGCCUCUGCGGGCCACGCCAACCGCCUCCCCAAAGCGGGACGCGAAGCGCGAGGAGCAGAGGCACUGGAGCCAGUAGCCGCCCGCCAGGCAGACCGAACCCGACUCGGAAAACCGGACUCCAGGAGCUGUCCCUUCAGCACCGCCGCCGUAGCGGGAUUCAGAGCGCAGCCCAGAGGAGCUUCAGUUCAAGCCGGAGCGCUCGGAGCGCUCAGAGUGCGGCGCUCAGUGGCCGCAGCACAUCGCGGCGCCCGGGGCGCCCCUGCCCAGGGGGCCCGCCAUCUCCUCUAGGAGGCGGGGAGAAGGAGCAAGAAGGGCGGGCGGGUGCGCCCGCCGCCGGGGGGAAGCAGGCAGCCAGGCAAGGAGAGAGGGAGGGGGCUAGAGCCCGCCCUGCACCCGGAGCUGCAGCCCGGCCACGCAAGCAAGCAGCCGGCAUCCAUCUCACCAGCGCCGAGAGCGCGCCACGGCCACCACCACACAGAGGAGUGCGGAUUCCCGGGCCUCCUUUCUUCCCCUCCCCCUGCCAGGGGCUGGUCUAUCUGUCUAGCACCAGGUGUUGCUGA